AUGAUCUUUCAUCACAGCCACUCACAAUCAUCUGUUACUGAUGACCACAUACCGCCCCGGGUAUCGCUACACGAGAAACAAGCCGAGGGUCAUGCCGCUGGUUCCACUGCGAUAUCUUCACCACCCGACGGCGGAUCAAAAGCUUGGAUGCAUGCAGUCUUCUUGCACAUCGUUUGCUUCAAUACCUGGGGUGUAAAUAAUAGCUUUGGAGUAUUCCAGCAAUACUAUGCAGCUGAACUUCUCUCAAGCCAGUCACAGUCAACAAUUUCUUGGAUUGGAAGCGUCCAAGUCUUCUGCCUCUUUGUUAUUGGCACGUUUUCCGGUCGGGCCACUGACAUGGGCUAUUUCAGAAUCACCUUCAUCAUAGGCGUCUUUUUUCAGCUUCUUGGAAUUCUCAUGGCAUCUCUGGGUUCCUCAUACUACCAGAUAUUUCUCUCGCAGGGUGUCUGUGUUGGUAUCGGCAAUGGUCUCGUGCUAGUCCCUUCUAUGGCUGUCACGUCGACUUACUUCAGCACAAAGCGUGCUAUAGCUAUCAGUAUUGGGUCUUCUGGUGCAGCAACCGGCGGUCUAGUGUUUCCAGUUCUGACAGAACGUCUUAUUGCUGCUCAAGGUGCCGGAUACGGUUGGGCAAUGCGAUGCAUUGGUUUCGUAAUGCUUCUGACCUACAUUCCGUGUCUGAUCUGGUAUUCACCGCGACUAGCUCCCCGCAAGUCUGGACCUUUGAUCGACCCUUCAGCACUGAGAGAAAUUCAGUUCUGGUUUUUUACGGUCGCUAUGUACUUUACGUUUUGGGGUCUUUACACUGUUUUCUUCUAUAUCGGCACUUUUGCCGGGGAUUCCAUCGGUAUGACAGGCACAGUCAAUUUGAUUCUUGUACUAAAUGGUGCGGGUCUUAUCGGUCGCCUGGCGCCUGGCAUAGUCGCCGCAAAAUGUACCGGCGUCCUGAACCUGCUCAUACCCUUAACAGCACUGGCUAGCUUGCUCGCAUUUCUUUGGAGCCAAGUCCAGAGCCAGAUCGGCCUCUACAUCUUCGCCGUGUUUUAUGGAUUUGUUGCACAUUCCGUGCAAGCUCUCUCAUUCGCAUUCCUCGGCUCCCUGACGACUGACCCUCAGAAAUUGGCGACACGCGCAGGCAUGGUGACAAGUCUCACCAGCGUGGCCCUCCUGACCGGCCCUUCGAUUAGUGGCACCCUUAUUCAGCACACAAAUGGGAGUUAUUUCCCCGCACAGGUCUUCACCGGUAUCUCAAUGUUACUCAGCGCAUUAUUCUUUACAGCUCUAAGAGUGGCCAGAGUGGGCACUAAUGUUAGGAUUAAGGUCUAA